CCGAUGCUGAACUGUCCCAAACAAGAGACAAAAACAAAUUUCUACACAAAGGAACAUAAAAUACACUUGUGUGUCAGGUUAGUUCAGUGUUGUUUCUGUCUUGACAUCAUCCGUUCAGCUCACGGAUAUCAUCCUAAUAUAAACAUGGUUUCACCUGUUACUGUGGUGAAAAGCGAAGGCCCAAAGCUGGUGCCAUUCUUCAAAGCCACCUGUGUCUAUUUUGUGCUGUGGCUGCCCACCUCCAGCCCAUCUUGGUUCAGUGCCCUUAUUAAAUGUUUGCCCAUUUUCUGUCUCUGGGUCUUCCUGCUGGCCCAUGGCAUCAGCUUUUUAGGAGCCCACUCAAGUGCUAGAAAGAUCCUCGCAGGACUCAUAUUCUCAGCUCUAGGAGACGCCUUUCUGAUCUGGCAGGAGCAGGGCUACUUCAGUCAUGGGCUGCUGAUGUUUGCCAUCACGCACAUCUUGUACUCAUCUGCUUUUGGGAUGAAACCACUCAACCUACGAGCAGGCCUGGUCAUCGCCACUAUCUCAGGCCUUUGCUACACCCUCCUCUACCCUUAUCUGUCUGGCACCUUCACCUACCUGGUGGCCGUCUACAUUGCUCUGAUAGGCUUCAUGGGCUGGAGGGCCAUCGCUGGUGUGCAGCUGGCCAACGACUUGUGGACAUGGACCAAGCUGUCGGCCUGCUUGGGAGCUGUUCUCUUCAUGGUGUCAGACCUCACCAUUGCUGUCAACAAAUUCUGCUUCCCUGUGCCGCACUCGCGCGCUAUCAUCAUGGCUACAUACUAUGCAGCGCAGAUGCUGAUCGCCCUUUCAGCCGUGGAGUGCCAGGAUGCUGACGUGGCCAGGAAGAGAGUGUGAGGAGCUUAAAACCUGCAGAGUGUGGCAGCUUCACUCGUUCGGGUCCAUUCCUCCUAAACCAUUCAUCUUAAACAUCCCCUCCUCAGCAUGAUUCUGUCUGUUUUAUAUGUCUGUAGGGGUUUGACCAUUAGUUGAGAGUUUAUGGGGUCUGGUCUGACUUUAUGCUUGAUUUGUGGUUGAGUCCAAACCUGAUCAGAAGUCAGUUAUCUUCACUUAGAAUCCCAGUCAUGCGUAACAUGAAAUUGAGAAGUAAAGAAUUCAUCUGAUUAAGUUAAGUUCAUCUCUUAGUUCUCUGUGUAGGAGUUGAUGACAUUGCUAGGUUUUAAGAGUGUUAUGUUUUAAUUUUCACUCAGCGGCCACGCUGCCUGCUUAAUGUUUCUCCUUUAACCCUCUUUUAAAGUCUCAGCUGGUCUGAAGAAAUGGGAGUUAUGUACUGUAGUCGUCACAAUUACUGUUAGCUACAUGCUGGUGUAAAAAAAAUAGCAUGGCCCACAUACACUAUAUGUACUCUAUACUUGGAACCAUUUAUUUUAGGGUGCUGGAUUCCCCAUAUAAUAGUUUUUAAAUACUAAUUCACAUUUGUAGAAUUCCAACAAAUCCGAUGUCUCUGUCAGUAUUCUGCAGGUUUGUUUGAUUUAACUUUGUUCUUGGGAUAUUCCAGAGUAUUUGCUCUGCCGCUGGUUUUGCUUGGUACCUGAGCUCUUGUAACCACUCACACAUAAGCUUGCCACCUUCCCAACUACUAGCACUCACACAUAAUCCCCCAUACACAGUCUCAUACACACGUUCAGACAUGUCCAGGGUCUCAUGUUUUUGUUGUGGUUAAUCUACAGCAAUAUCUCUUGAAUGGGUAUUGUUUUUAUGAGAAAGUGCGGAUGAUAUUUAUACUUCUGUACCAGCUUAAAUGUGAUGCAACAGAGGCUCAGUCGUUUGAAACAAAAACCCAGAUCAAUGCCCUAUAAAAAGGAAAGUCCACUUCAGAGGAAGUGCACAGAAAUGCCACAUGGCUUUUGAUGAUGCCUUGAUAGUCAAUCAUCAGCAUUAUUUAACUGCUGUAUUUCUACGUACUGUAUGUGUAAAUAGUGAUGUUCGGAUCCAGAUGUGACUUUUUACAGGUGAGACAUUAAGGAUUUAUUUGUAGGAACUAAACUACAGAUAUAUUUUGUUUUACUGACAGGUCACUGCCUAUUCAAGUGGUAACAGAGAGAACGCUCAGUAGCAGUUGUACCGCGUUGAGCCAUAAUUUAGACAGACCUGGUAAUUCAGCUUCUUGUGAUUGCUGUAUGCUUCCCAAAGUCUAUUUUGGCAUCUCUGUAUUUGAGAGGACAUACAAUCAAUGCUACAGUGGUACUAUAUUAUCAUCAUCAUGAUUCUCUAAUCAAAUAUUCUCUACUGUAAACAAGAGAUCCAGGAAUGACCAGCCUGAUCUAACCAACCACAUCCGUAUUUUAUUUAUUUAUUUAUUGGGGGAUUUUUCUUAUUAUUACUCUGAUUUCAUUCUGUAUACUUGCCCACAAGUCCACAUAUCCACUUAAUGCCAACUGUGGGAAAUUGGUGGCAGAUGUGUGUGAAACUUAACCCAAGAUAUACAUGAACCACUACCCUGCUGAGUUCCCCAAUGUGCUUGGAGGAGGACUUUAAUCAAUGCGAUUGCAUUAAAAAAAAAAAAAUCCAUCCAGUCCUGUCCCUACCUUUGAUAUACAGUGAAACGUACAGCUCAUUACGCAUCGUCAUUCAGUCUACCGGAUGCCUUGUGAUGUUGCACGAAUUUCCAUUGAAUAACCUAUAAAAGGGAUCAGCAUCUUUUUUUCUAUUGCUGCUAAACAAGAGGGAACAAACUUGCAAAUGCUAUUGGGUGCUUUAUGUGUUCAACUGUCGUACCUGGGCUAGAUACAUAAACAAUCCAGCGCACAAAGCCCUGCUGCCAUUAAAGUAACGUAGCAGACAGAUCCCUGCAUGUCACCCAAACCUAAGUUGAACAUGUUUUUAUCCCUUGUUCCUCAUCACACACGCCUGCUCACAUUGCAUGUUCAUAUUUGAAUAUUAAAUAUUUAUCUUUUUAUGCUGUUAAUUUUUAUUUAUUUAUUCCACAUAUCUAAAUUAAACAAUGCAAUACCGUAAUUUAUACGAUAUCUUUUAUUUGCUCAUUCGUUUGGUUCAUUUUACCUGCAUUUUUCCCCCCUCUUUACCUGCAUUCAGGUUUAAUGGGAAAAUGUAAGCUAUGGGGGAUAUGUUAGGGAUAUGAAACUCUACCGAGGAUAUCGUGUUUAAAGUGUGUGUGCACCCACACAAAGACACACACAUAUACUUCUGGACCAUUGCGACAUGCGGGGCACUUUAGUUCAGACCUGUGUGCAGUUUCACAGGCUUCGUCUUCCCUAUCGACAGUCAUACAGUCAGCAAAACAUUUGCUUAGUCAGUGUAAAACAUGCCAGUCGCCGCAUUGUCAUCAAAAAAAAGUCUCUUUGCAGCUAUCAUGUGUUGUCCUGUUUUCCAAGUUCAGUGUUUAGUCGUCAUUUGAGCAAGAAAUUGAUGACUCUUGCUCAAUAUGUGGCAAGUGAAGAAGUUUCAUCUUUCAUCAUUCUUUAUUACGUUCAGCCAAACAACAAAGAGUUUACCUUUGUUGAAAAAGUUUUCAAGUAAAAACCCUUUAAAAGUGAAGAACUGGUCUCUUGAGGAGUGUGUUGAGGUUACAAACUAAUUAUUAUAGCAAGGUUUAAAUGACUCUUGAAAUCUUAGGCCAUGUAAUACAACUACCGUCUUAAAUACAAAUAAAUAAAUACUCCGAUGAUGUCAGGUUAAAUUGGAUUGUUGAAUGCAGGCUCUGUGAUGUGAUUAUACGUUGUCGUGUGUGAACAAUUCUUUAGACCUCCAGUGUGGAACUUACUGUACUAAAUGCAACAGAUCUAAGUUUCAUGCUUCUCUUCUGCUUUCAGACAGUAAUGAACACUCCUCUGCAUGUGUGUCCCCCGAGAACUGAUCAGGUUCACAGGUUCAGACAAACAUCCCACCCUCAUAGAGCCUAACCUUUUUUAGAGCCUGGCCUGUAGAGGAGAACAGGUGCAGUCAAAGAGUAUUGCAUGGAAACCCAAUCCAUAGAGAGGGGCUUUUUGAGUGAGGAAAUGCAGGACAACACAGGUGGGAAGAUUCCCUUUCCAUCUGGCCUUGAGCUCACAGAAGGCCCCAUUCGACCCCUGCUACGACUGAUCACAUUACACUCUCUGUCAACACUUCUUCUGUUACUGCUUUUGUGCAUGGAGACAAAGGGGUGUAGAAGAACACAGUAUGAAUGCAGUGUUGAUGACAGUGUCUGUGUAUACCUGCUCUCUUUACUGUACUAAGCAAGCUAUUGGUAAAGAAACGGAUCUUGAAUAGCAUGCAGUUUUUCGUACACGUUUUGCUUUUAUCACCCGAUUUGUGUAAUACGGUCAUCGGAUGGUUAAUAAUAAGAACACAGCUGUUUAUUUUUGUAGUCAUUAAAAUACAUUUUCAUAAGCACUCCGAGAUCUUAAAGCAUCCACAAACAGGAAGCUGCUUUCGAGUGUUAUCUUUUAAUCAAGCUUCUAGAUUUACUGUAUUCUAAAGCUGAACAGAUAAGUCUUAGUAAUAGCACUCUUGGUACAUGCUAGAAAUCUACUGGGAACAAAUGUAAAGAUUCUGAGUCUAAACAUCUGUGUAUAUUUCAUUUGUUUUUACAUCAAGUCUGAUUUCAUUGGGUUUUGUGUAUUACUAUACCUGCUGGCUGCCAACAUGCUCAGACAAAAUCUCAGAAUUGAUUCAUUCACCUUACUACUUAUGUAAAUUGUAUAUAUUUGCAUAAAUACUUAUGCUGCCUUGUAGUAUUGCGAAACGUGAUAAUAACUUUGGGAGUCGUACCAGAAUAUAAUGUUUUCUGCUUGACAUUUUGAUUGUUUUGAUUGCUGUGGUCAACAAUUCAUAUAGACUUAUUAGGAAAAUUUAAAUCAAAUAUUUCAGUUAAAAAAGGAUGAUACACUGUGUAACUGGUCUGUAAAUAUGGACUUUAAGGAAUACAAUGAAAUAAUAUUUUUAAGUACACAAACAUUAAGGGAAAUUAUGUAUAAAUGAUAUAAUUACAAUAAUCUGGUCCAUUUUAAAGCAGGGAUUGUGUUAUAAGUGAAUACUGUUAAUCUUUGCUAAGUUGUUCAAAAUAUUUCAGUAUUUUGCCUUACUUUUCUAGUUUAUUUCCUGUAUUUACAGUUCUGUAGUAAAUUACCAUAUUGCUCCUUUCCUGUACUGCAGUUGCUAUAAAUGUGAUUAAAUCUAUAGAAUAAAUAAAUGCAAUUACAAUGCAAUGGA